GUGUUGUACGGGGCGAGAAGGAAAAAGGUGACAAUCGGGCCGCUUGGCGGAAAAAAUAAAUCCCCCAGGCGAGGCACUUCCGAGGGGAGGCGUUCCUUUAAAGAGCAACCCGCGUGUCAGUCGCCACGUGUGAAGCGACCCUCUGCGCCCUCCCUGCGUAGGAGUCAAUGAAAGACCUUUCUUCUCCGGAGCCGCCUCCGGAACGCGCCUUUCCCUUCUCUCUGUAGCAGGCAGGACAAGUCACCUCCGGUGCAGCCGCAGAGCCUGCCUGCUUCGUAACCGGCUGCCAGGCAGCUCCAGGCCCCGCCUUGCGGGCGCUGCCGCCGGGCGCCCAGCCCUCCUCUUCCCCCGCGCCUUCCACGUGGGAGCGCGGGCAGCUCCCAGCGAGUUUCUUGCAGGGUGGAGACGCAGCGGAGGUUGACUGGCUGGCGGCAGCAGCGUCCCUGACCGGCCGCGUCUUGGUUUCGUCCAUCCUGGAAGCCUGUCUGCGGGGGGAUCUGCUGGAUCCCUUUUCCCUCCGCCCUCGGCUUGUUAUUUCCCCCCUGAGCUUUUCGCGCUGGGUCGGCGAAGGAUGUGGCUUCCAUCCCCGGCUGGACUGAAGAAGUAAGAAGCGGAGGAAGGAGAAACUAAGGAGGGGAGCGGCGCUCUCUCCACCCGGGAGCGACCAGCCAACAUGUCUCUCAAGAAGGAAGGUGUGCAGAAGAAAUGGGCUGCCUUGAAGGAGAAGUUGGGUUCUCAGGACUCCGAUCAGACAGAGGCCAACCUGGAAAAUGCAGAGCCGGAGUUGUGCAUCCGCCUCCUGCAGAUCCCAUCCGUGGUGAACUACUCAGGGCUCAAGAAGCGGCUGGAGAGCAGCGACGAUGGCUGGAUGGUCCAGUUCCUGGAGCUCUGCGGACUGGAUCUCCUGCUUGAGGCCCUGGACAGGCUUUCCGGGAGGGGGGUCUCCAGGAUCUCGGAUGCCCUGCUGCAGCUGACUUGCAUCAACUGCGUGCGAGCAGUCAUGAACUCUCAGAAGGGCAUCGAGUACAUCGUGAGCAAUGAAGGCUAUGUCAGGAAACUCUCCCAAGCACUUGACACCUCAAACGUCAUGGUCAAGAAGCAAGCGUUUGAGCUCCUGGCUGCUCUCUGCAUUUACUCAGUGGAUGGUCACGCUCUGGCGUUGGACGCCCUGGAUCAUUACAAGACGGUGAAGAACCAACAGUACCGUUUCAGCGUCAUCAUGAAUGAGCUCUCGACCACGGACAACGUGCCCUACAUGAUAACCCUCUUGAGUGCCAUCAACGCAGUCAUCCUGGGGACGGAAGAACUGAGAGCUCGGACGCAGCUCCGCAAUGAGUUCAUUGGUCUCCAGUUGUUGGAUAUUUUAACCAAGCUGAGAGAUAUAGAGGAUGAGGACUUGCUUAUCCAGUGUGAAACGUUUGAGGAGGCCAAGUCUGAAGAUGACGAGGAAUUGCUGAGGAUAUGCGAUGGGAUUGACAUGAGCAACCAUCAAGAGGUUUUCUCGUCCCUGUUUAACAAAGUGAGCAGCUUUCCAGCCUCCAUCCAACUGCUGUCCAUUCUCCAGAGCCUCUUGCAUCUCGAACCUUCCCAUCGCUCCAGCCUGUUGCUGUGGGAAUCCUUAGAAAUCCUAGUCAGUAGAGCCAUCUUGCUUGCAAAUGACAUACAAGGCAACAGCAUCGAAGAAGUCAUGGAGAGGCUGUUAUCCAUCAAGAAGAGGCCAAAGAAAAGAAGUCCAGACUCCCGGCGAGGUGCCCACAAAGUGAAUGAGAGCACUCAGACCAAUGAAGCUUCUGAGGGUCUUCCAAACGCCUGCCAGAAAUGUCCUCUUCCAACAACUUGCUCUUCCGGCGGCCCACCCAACCCAGAGGCUCCAAAUGUGUCUGUGAGCGUUACGCCAUCCCAGCUACUGACCUGCUCAGCAUUGCCUGUGCAAAGCUCCACUCCAUCGAGUGUUCCUCUACUGCCACCACCUCCCCCUCCACUUCCCGGAACAGCUAGCAUGGCAUCGCAACAGCUCCCGCCUCCGCCUCCGCCGCCACCUCUCCCUGGCAUGAUAAGUGCGCCACCUCCAGCUCCCCCUCUGCCUGGCAUGGUGGGGGUCCCUCCCCCUCCUCCCCCUCUGCCUGGCAUGGCAGCGAUCCCUCCACCGCCCCCGCUCCCAGGCAUGCCACCUCCUCCACCGCCCCCACUCCCUGGCAUGGGAGGUGUGCCACCCCCUCCCCCACUCCCUGGCAUGGGAGGUGUGCCACCCCCUCCCCCGCUCCCUGGCAUGGGUGGUGUGCCACCCCCUCCCCCGCUCCCUGGCAUGGGAGGUGUGCCACCGCCUCCACCCUUCGGAGGCAACGUGGAUGAAAUUGUGAUUGCCCGUGUCGAGGUCCCCCUUGAGUAUGGCAGGCCCUUCCACAAGAGGGUGAAGACUCCGACGCUAAGGAUGAAGAAGCUGAACUGGCAGAAGCUGCCCUCGAAUGUGGUGAGAGAGGGACACUCUAUGUGGGCUUCCGUGACAAGCAGUAGCGAGGAGACCAUUGAGCCGGACUACACGAGCAUAGAGCAGUUGUUUUGCUUCCCACAAACGAAGCCCAAGGAGAAGCAGGCAGCCCCGGUGAAGGUGGAACCAAAGGAGAUCACGUUUCUGGAGUCCAAGAAGAGUCUCAAUUUGAACAUCUUUUUGAAGCAAUUCAAGUGCCCAAAUGUGGAGGUGGUUGACAUGAUCCAGAAAGGCGACCGAACGAAGUUUGACGUGGAGGUUCUCAAGCAGCUGCUGAAACUCCUACCCGAAAAGCAUGAAAUAGAAAACCUGAAAUCCUUCAAAGAAGAAAAGGACAAAUUGGCAAAUGCAGAUCAGUUCUAUCUUCUGCUACUUGGGGUUCCUAGCUACCAGCUGCGGAUCGAGUGUAUGCUCAUGUGCGAAGAGACGGCCGUUCUGCUGGAGAUGCUGCAGCCCAAAGCAGAAACCAUCAGGAGGGCUUGUGAAGAUCUCCUCACCAGCAAACGGUUGCCUGUUUUCUGUCAGUUGAUCCUGAAAGUUGGAAACUUCUUGAACUACGGAAGUCACACGGGAGAUGCCGACGGCUUUAAAAUUGGCACUUUGCUCAAGCUAACAGAAACGAAAGCAAACCAGACUCGCAUUACGCUGCUCCACCAUAUUUUGGAGGAAGUAGAAAAAAAUCACACAGACUUGCUGGAGCUUCCCAAAGACAUUGAAUAUGUUUCAAAGGCAGCAGGGAUCAACCUUGAUGUGAUACGUUCUGAAUCCAGUUCCAAUCUGAAAAAGCUGCAGGAUCUUGAACGGAAAUUGUCGUCAUCAACGGAAGACGUGAGAGCCCAGUAUGGAAAAGCCAUUCAGGAGAGCAUCAGCUCUAACAAGAAGUUGGAGACAGAGUUCGAAGCCAUUGAAACGAAGAAAGUAAAGCUUGCCAACUACCUCUGCGAGGACCCAAACAAGUUGUCUUUGGAAGAUAUGUUUAACACCAUGAAAACUUUCCGGGAUCUCUACAUCAAAGCAUUAAAGGAGAACAAGGACCGAAAGGAGCAAGCGGCAAGAGCUGAGAAACGGAAGAAGCAGUUGGAGGAAGAAGAGGCAAAGAGGCAGAAAGGAGAAAAUGGAAAGAUCACAGUUAAGGUAGGAGCUGUGAAGCAAGACGAAGUGUGUGUUAUCGAUGCUUUGCUGGCUGACAUCAGGAAGGGGUUUCAGCUGCGGAAAACGGCCAGGAACAAAGCCGAUACAGACAGGCCCGCGAAAACAUCACCCAGUCAACCGCAGAAAGGGAAAGAAAAUGGCCAAAGUGUCCAGCUUGCCAAAGACCCAGCGAAGGAGGAAGGGGAAAAGGAUGUGGUUGCACGAACUAGCCUCCAGGGUCAAGUAGAAAAAACAACUUCGGAUGCCGUGACCCCAGUUAAGACGCGUGAGGUUGUCACUGACCCUGUGGCUUCUGACAAGCCCGUUCCUGGAGUGGGAAAUGGGAGGUGUUCUCCAACCCAGCCUGGUCCUGAGACGAAUUCCUUGAAUUCGUUUCCACUGGAGGGAGGCGGAAAAUCAGGAAAUGGUGCAAACGUGCAAGAGGGCACCGUUACCUGUAGCGCCCAGGACAACGUGGACUUCAAUGACUUGGUGUUGUCCCAGUCAACAUCCUUCAUCAAGUUUGGGAGCAGCACGUCCGGCUACGAAAGUGAAACUAUUUCAUUAGGCUCUGGAGACCCAGCUGGUGGAACAGAACCGGUUUGUUGUUCGCAGAACGGCUUCAAUCCGAAUGAGCAUUUGAGCGGCGCCGUCAGGAAAGGCAGCAGAAAGGAGGAAGAGCCUGGACAUACCACAGAUCUACUAACCCCGGAGGCGCCGAAAGAAGCAAUCAAGGGGAAGAAAGAACCUUCUGUAGACUCUCUGGUGGACAUCUCUCAGGAGAAGUCCUUCUCGGAGGAGCCGGUGACCGAUUCUUCGUGUUCGGCGACGGUCCGUCAGGAGCAAGCCCUUGCCGACAAGGAGGGCCAAAGGGGCUCCUCAAAGCGGAAGAAGAAGAAAAGGCACAGCAAGAGCAACUCAAUGGUUGACACUGAUUUAAAAGCGAUGGUUGAUACUGGAGAUAAUAAAGCAAAAAGAGGUUGUGAGUUGCAGUGAGGUGGCGCAGCGAGACAGAAAAAAUAAAAAGAAGCGCACUCUUCAGUAACAUGUGCUAUGGAAGGUAGCCAUGGUGAUGGGGGUAGAGGUGGGCUGUUGUUUUCUCCUAGGGUGGGUAUUUAAUAGAUAGCAUCCCAGAUGCAAGAGAUUUCCAAACAUACGUGCCUUAUGCAAAGUUUUAAUUCUAUACAAAACUCCCUCCCGGUUUCAUGCUGUUGCGACAGGCCUCUGGUCAGUGUCACAUUGGAUGAACCACUCUGGGUAACUCACAGAUCAAACGCCUGCAGAAGCCGAGGGAGAUGUGGCCUAAAUGGUGCCUCUAGAACCCAAUGGCAGGGAUAAUUUAAGCCAGCGCUGUCCACUUCCUAUUGGAAGUGCUUCCAUUAAAUGACUGUGUAAAUGGGCGCUGGCCAUUGAAAGAUAUGUGGGACCAAGGUUGUGUUGUGUUGUUGUUUGUUACUGUGUUACAUGAAAUGCAAAUGCCUCUGCUGUGUCUGUUCCUACAAAGACCCACACUCCUGUUCCAACUGAAAUAACAAAUUUGGCGAUGCUAUAAGGCCUCGCCAGGCUCAAGCAAGCAAGUUGUGCAGGAAGGCGAACAGGAAUCCCAAUAUCUUUUUCUCAAAGCUUACUCUUUCAAACUUGUAAAUGUACCAAAUAAUACACAGUUCCCAUUUUAGGUAAUAAUAGCACUUAGAAAGCCUUAGAGAACCCAACAAGCAAGAACUUCAUUGAUGCUUAAGCAAGAACAGAACAGCAAAAGGAAGUGCCUGACUCCACUCAGAUACAACUAGAUCUAGUGCCACCUAGUGACUAAACUUUAGAAUGACACUAUCCAUGCAGACCUAAUUUGCAUAAUCUCCCAGCACUUAUGCACCAAGCACAUCAUCUGCUGCGUCAAUGACGAGCCACGGGCAGCUGCCACAGGUCAGCAAGGAGUUGAAACCCAAGAAUGCACAGAAACACUUUAGAGCCAGGAAGACCUUGUUGUUCAGUCAAGGUCCCAGCUCAAACAGGAAACCAUUUAUAGCUCUUCUGUGCACAGCCUGGAUGGGUAGAACCUAGUCCAGAGUCUUAAGAAUAUUUAACUGCCAGGAAUAUACUCCAGUAUGUGGCUUUGAUAGCCUGCUUCCAACACGACAGCUGCACAGAGACAUACUAGCACCAGCAAAUCCCGACAUAGUAUUCCAUCUCAAUGGACAAUAAGUCCAUCAAUGGAAUGUCUAUCUUUUGCCUCCACUGUUGCUGGGAAUCCCAAGCAAAUAGGCUAGUUGCUAUAAACUGAAGUUCAUUCAAAAGCUACGGCCACCCCCUGCCUGCAGCCUGAAGUGGUACAGUCAAUUCUGCCUCACACAGGAUGGAUCUAAACUUGUGGUUUAUAAAGUUAAAGAAGGGUUUUCAUAACACAGAUGGGCACACUGCAUCCUACUUUUAACGUUCAUAAUGCAUUAUUAAAAUGUGACACGAGGGGGCGCUGCAGAGCAACCAGGAACUGGCAGUAGGGAAACAGCAUUUUUACGGAGAAAACAAGGUGGGGAAAUGCUUUUAAAUUACCAGAAUGCCCUGUGGUGUUUUGGAAAGAUAUAUCUUUCUAAUAACAUUAAACAGGUCAGUGUAGAGCCAGCCUGAAUCAACUGCACGCUUGACUGGGAGGGUGUCCUAACUCUUUUCCUGCCUUCAGCUCAGCAACACACGAACCCUGCGCCCCACAAUUCUGUGUUUUCUUUGCCAGAAAAACACUUGCCAAAGUAUUAACAUCCUUAACUCCCUAAAAGCUUUUCACUCGGAACCUUUCCAUGAGAAACCUAGAUGUCAAAACCUGCUUUGUUUGGGGUUGUUGUUGUUUUUCACUGCCUGAACUCGAGGGAUACUGUACAGGCUAUGUGGCUUUAAUGCACUUAAAACCUUUUGGUGUUCACUAAUUGGAACCUUACACAAUCUAUCCUAAGAACUGAUUUACGUCAUUGUUUAUUUCUGUUGAGAACCCCGUGGAUGUGUACAUAGCCACCCCCUUCUGUAUAUUUUACCCAGGUGACAUUGAAAUAUUACGUUGAAAGUAUGAAAAUAAUUUUAUAUGCUGAGCUUAGUAACAAUAUUAAUUGCACAAAUUCUUGUUAAUGACUUGCAAGCCACCGAACUGAGAUGGGUGCCGUAUGGUGGAUUAUUUUGCCUAGCACUGACUCGGAGGGCAGCCAGUUCUGACCAUUUCUCUUUUUUUGGUGAUCACAGGAUUUCGUUUUGUCAAAAAGACCACGAGAAUACUUAGGGCACAUGAAAACUGGUUGUGUGUGUGUCAUAUUGGGAGAUGGUUUUGUUUGCAAAGUCCUGUUAUCUAGCCCUGACCUAGCCUUGGAAAAGCUAGGCAUUUAUCUCCCCGUGGCCAACCACCUAGGCAGAACCCCCAAAAAGUGGGUCAGGGCUUGAUCUCUGCAAGGCAUAGUGAGCAGAAAGGGACAAAUUUCAGGGAAACAACAGAGCCGCUGACCAAACUCAUGGACCAAACAAAUGCAUAGACAAUAGGGGGCUAUGGGGCUGGAUUGAGGGAAGACCGAUGCACAGUGGUAGACCACCUGCCUGGCAUGCAAAGGUUUCUCGGUUCGUUCCCCAGCAUCUCCAAGUAGGGUUGGGGGUGUCACCUGCCAGAGACCCCCAAAAGGCUCUGCCAGUCAGAGAAGACAAUCCUCAGCUAGAUGGAUGAAUGGUCUGGUUCAAUAUAAGGCAGCUUCCCAUGUUCCUAUCCUGGGUGGAGAGCUGAGUUCCUUGCACGUAAUAGUAGUGGGUUUCGCCGCCGCUGCUCUCCUCUAGGAUGCAAAGAGGGAUGGACUCUUGUACCUUCAAUUGAGUGGAACAGAGUGUAGCUGCGGUCAAACAUCCCUGCCUGCCAGGUUGCGCCUGCCAAACUUCCUGUUUCUGUACAGUGUUACUUUCCCUCUACCAACCCAAGAUGGAAGAAGCAGGAAUUCAGUGGGACAUUGGUAGAAAGCCUUGGUUUUUAAUGAAGAGGGUAGCCUUGUCCAGCUCUGGAUGGACUAAUGAUGAUUUCACAACGUAACUUCUCCAACUCUGUGUAUACGCCUACUUCCUGAGUGCAAUAAACUGGCUUAUAUUAAA